GAGUGUUUCAUCUGGACGGCUACGAGAUUCUACUACUUUCUCGCGAGAUUCAUGACGUUGCCUUGACGACGAUUCACUCUUGAUCUAAACGGUCAUCGCCAUUGCUGUCACUGAACUUGUCACACUCAGUAUUCAUCACUUGUCUACGUUGUAUUGGGAUCAUGUCUACCUACGCUAAUAUGAACCAGUACGAUAAAGAUCUGAUCAUCAGAUUCCCCCUGAACUUUGAUAUCUGGGCCCCUCCCCGCCAACGUGCUACGUGCCGAUACUUCACCAUCCUUGACCCCCUGUCUGAACUGCCCGCCUCCCACACCCCUACCCCCGUGUCCACCUCCGUGUCCCUCACCAGCCCCACCCUCCCUGAUGCCUCCCACUUCGAAGAGAUUGACCUCCACGAGGAAGUCACACAGCCCCAGUCCACUGUGAGAACCAUCAGAUCUCGUGUGACCGGCUUCUUCAGGAGUGUGUUCCGUGCUCGCAAGAUGGACGCUUGAAUCAGUGACAUCUUGUGACAUUGUCUUAUUUAGAUCACAGUGCUCUUUACAUUUUAGACAUUUUUUGGACAAUAUAUUUGGCUCUUCUGGUUUUGUGCUUGCGCUAAUUAAAUCUGUUUAUCUUUCAAAUUAAACUUUGUUCAUUUUU